AUGUAUUCUAAACGUAUAGUUAUAUCAAUUAUAGUGAUUGGUUGUUUGGCUCACUUCAUAACUUGUCCGAAUGCAGUGGAUGAUAAAAAACAAAAUUCCAGAAGCCCAACUAAACCUCCGGUGAAAGGUGCCAAACAAGCGAAUAAACCUACUAGUCCUGGAGCUGCAACACCGCGUGCACUACCACCAAAAAAACCGGUUCCUAAAGGCCAAAAGCCAAAUGCCAAUAGUCCAACUAAGCCUGCAGGGCAGCCGAUGGAACCACCUGCAGCCGUUAAUAACCAAGAACAAGCCAAAAAUACUGCAGAUAAUCCAGACGGUGCAGACGGAGGACCCGUGGAAGAAAAACCCGCCGGUCGUAUCAGAAGAGUUUUAAGACGGUUCAACAAUUUCAGAAGAAAAAUGUGUCCGAUUAGAUUUGUUACCCGUUUAAUUAAAAAAGGUUUUGGUUCAAACAAAAAGAAACCUACGGAUGACGAGGAACAGGCAGUGGAACCCUGA